AGAUUAUGUGAGCUGCUGCAUCAGUCUUCUAAUGUCUUGCACUGAACACUCAUGCUAUGUCUGAAGGACAGAUCUCGUGUGUGUUCUGAACGUACCAGGUUGUCCUCAUGAGUACUCCAGUGGAGAAUGUCCAUGAUCUUAUUUGCCUGUGUGGUGCGGGUGAGGGAUGGACUUCCCCUCUCAGCCUCCACAGAUUUUCAUUUCAACCAGGACUUUCUGGAAUGCAGAAAGAGAUUAAAGGCGUUAUCCUCAAUUCUGGCACAGUAUCCAAGUCGAGGCACGGCAAAAGGACGUGACCUUAGCAUACAUUUCCUUUCUUCGGGGGAUAUUGCCUGCAUGGCAAUCUGUUCCAGCAAUUACUCAACCAUCAUGGCGUUUUGCUUCCUGGAAGAGCUUCAGUGGGAAUUUGCUGCUUCCUACGAUACAACAAGCAUCGGUUUAGCUUCCAGACCGUAUGCCUUUCUUGAAUUUGAUAACAUUAUUCAGAAGGUGAAAUGCCAUUUUAACUGUGCGAGUGGCUCUCAAAUGAAGGCCAACUGGGAGAAGAUUGAGGAGGAGCUGAAGUUCCGGCCCCCGGUUCAGCUGAAACUAGAGGAUACAGAGCUGAUGAAUGGGAUGACUAACGGUGGGCAUGCAGGCGUUCAUGUGGAGGUUGUCCCUACUUACAGUGUGCAGCGUGUGACUCCCCUGGGGAUUCUGUCGCUUGUUCUGAACAUCAUGUGUGGAGCUUUGAAUCUCAUUCGAGGAGUUCACCUAGCAGAGUAUUCAUUUCAGGAGGACCGUGAAGGAAUUGGAAAUGUGAUAUCUUUUUUCCUUCCUUUUCUAGCCUGUGUUUUUCAGUGUUACUUGUACCUCUUCUACAGCUCGGCAAGGAAGGUGAAGACGUUUGUACUCUUCUUCUCUGUCUGUUUAUGCAACAUUUACUUGUAUGGAUUACGGAACCUCUGGCAAAUAGCCUUUCACAUAGGAGUGGCAUCUCUUUCUUCUUAUCAGAUACUGACAAGGCAACUUAUGGAGAAACAGCCUGACUGCGGAGUAUGAAAAAGACUUUGGGUUUGCUACUCUGUUUUUACAACUUUUUUUGUAUUAAACUGGCCAAAAAUAGCUUGGAGUGAUUUUAAAGAUUUGUGACAAUGGUUAUUGCAAGGAGAAUAUUUCAAAGCAACUUGAAAUAAAGUAGGAUGCUGUAAUCAUGUCAAACAUACAGUGAGGAAUGUAGCUGUAUUUAACAUGGCAUGUGGUAAUUGUGCAUGGUAGAUUUUUUCAGGUGUCAUCAACAGACGGAGGUUCUCCUAACCAUGAACAGGCUUUUACUCCUUGACUAAUACCAUCUAGACAGCAUUUUGCCAUUUGUCUUACUGGCUUUGUAACAGUUUGACAGGUCAAUGUCUUGCCCUGCCAGUGCUUCUGAAAAUAUUAAAAUUGUGCAGUAAAAUGAAGAUAAAGUGGUGGGUAACAUUUUUGUCUAUAGAAUUUGUUAAGCAUUAAGAUUCUUGGUAAAUGUAGGUAAAGGAGUUGUUUGCCAUAAUUAGAUAAGUUCAAUAUCAGUGGGAAAAAUUGUUAGGAUGAGCUUCAGGGUAAUUUUUCUAGGUUUUGACAGAAAGGAAAAGGCUGUGGCUCUUUUAAAAACCAUAAAGGCUAUAAAUAUCUCCUGGCUAAACAGCGCAUCGUAGCUAAGUAUGUGCUCAUUGGUUAAUUGCAAAUACGCUUAGGGCAGCAUAAAAUAAACCAAGUGAAUAUAAGUGAUCUUUCAGCUCAAGUGGCCUUUAUUUCCUUGGUUAAGGUCACGCUUAGUAUAAGGGUAAUUCCACGUUUGCUUGGUCUGUACGGAUAAUAAAUCUUCCAAGCUUACUUAUGACAGGCCACUGACUCCUUCACCUUUUUUAAAAAAACCUACAGCUGGUGAGUAGAAAGCCAUUUCCAGUAAUGGAAAGCAAGAGCAGGUUCUCUUUAUUACAUAAAACACCUUUAGUUAAUGGUGUUGAGUUCUUACACUAAGAUGAAUUUAUGAGUGUGCACUUUUGAAUAUAGUACUCAAGAGCUGAAAUUCUUAACCUCUGCUGCACUGGGUAUUCUUGUAUGUAAUGUAUUGAGGUGCGUAUGGGCAUUUUAGAACAUAUAUGAAUAAUUUAGGCUGUCUGUUUAAAAAACAAAAAAGCAUAGCAUUUUGAUGCAGUUGUCCUUGAAGGGUCGUAGAGACUCAAACUGAGAAGAUGUAGAGAACUGUAGGUGUGUUAUUGUGGAAGUAUGGUCCUAGAUUUUCUUUUAUUUUUUUGUAGGAAACUGUUUUCUGGUCGCCCCAUUUCUUCCACCAGACAUCUCUCACCAAAGAUUUAUUUUCCUCUCACAUAGUCUCUACCUCUAGUGGUUGCAAAGAGAUUAACGUGAUGCGGAGUUGUCUUCCUGAGUUUGCAGAAAUACUUAACAAAAUUACUUUCUUGCAUCUCAGUGAAUUUUCCUGAAAUCUCAUGAUGCAAACAUGAGUAUCAGUGGACUACUAGACCAGAAACCUGUGGUGCUGUACCUUGGAAGCACUUCUGUGAUGCAGCUGACUGCAACAACAGCAUUGAUAGGCAGCCCAUUACAACCUGAACAGUUUCUAGGACAUCAAGAGACUUGGUGCCAGAGCUUUUGCCGGUAGUAAAAUGUAGGUACUUGUCUUCCAUCCCGUGUUAGCCCAUUUACUGUAAAAAUAACACAAUGAAAUCCUUUUGACUGUGAGGAAUAGUCUAGUAGGAAUGACAGAGGAAUAUUUUAGCCAGCCAGUUAAGAAAACAGCUAGAGCUGUGUGACAUAAGGGAAUACUCUUCUGUUAAUGAGGGAGCGGAUUAAAAUUGUUUGUCUGUCAUUACCCCAGUUUUCUGCCAGAGUGUAGGUGGAGAAAUGAAGCCAGAAUUCAACCAUUGUCCUUAAGACACCCAGAUGACCCCACAGAUGUGGGGGUUUUAGUACUGACAAGCUUUAAGUUUUCAUGCUGUUCAGUCCCAGUUUUACUUGGUAAGGUACUCUUAGAGACUGCAGGGAACUAAGCCAGGAGUUUGGAUUACAAGUUUAAAAAAAAAAAACAACAAAACAAAUCUGAAAAAAGGACACUAGCUAAAAUCUGAUAGUAGAAACUUAACGCUUUGUUAAGGAUACUGGAUCUGAUGACUGAUGUGUUUUCCAGGAGCAUAAGCUGGGUAUCAGCCCACUGGGUUACCGUGGGGAAUCAUCCUGCGGGGAAAGGAUGAAGCAUUUCAUACUACAGAUAGUCAAAGCUUUGUGAAAAGCACCUUAGUGAUAUGACCCAACUCCCUGCUCCUACCCUUUUAGCCUCAACCUGGCUGAAGAGUCCAAAAGAGCUUUACUGUUUCUCUGUAGGCUUGGAUAAAGCUAGCCUGCUAUAUAGCUUAAGGCAUGCAGAGCAUUCACAAUGGGGGCAUGGGGCCAGUGAACCAUUAUCUGCUUUUUGUUCCUCAUCCUUGCAUUGAGCUGAUUGGAAGAAACUGUAAUGUUCCUAAUGCUUCCCGAGCAUCUGACUGUUUGCUUUAUCAUAAAACAAAUACAAUCCUGUGCCAGGUGCUGUUAGCAACAGCUCUGCAAUAAGAGUGGUAGAACAAGGUAUAUAGGUAGCUUGUGCAAUUAACAUAAUUAGAGUGGAUAAAGAUUAAAUUCAGCUUUUGUUUAGUAUUUUCUUUUUCCUGAAAAUGUUUCAGUAAAAUCAAACAAACCCAGUUGGUUCAGUUCUGCCUUCGUGUAAAAUUUUUUUUUCUUUCCUCUUUGUGUAUUAGAUGGAGGAUGCGACUAGACCUUUUCUAUUAAAUGAACAAAGCUCUGGUUUGCUGUUAGUCUUAAUCCCUUUGCAACC